AUGGAAAGUGAUGUUUCUCUGCCCUUCCUGGAUCGCUUCAUGAUCAGCCCACUUGUCACCUGGGUGAAAACUUUUGUUUCUCAUGACGAAGGCCAGCACAUGGACAUUAGUGAAUUGCUGGAUGGAGUCUUUUUGAAUAAAGUUAUGAGCCAAAUACAUCCUCCAUCCGCAACUCAAGCUGCGAUCAAACUGAGCACAGAUCCAAGUCAGAGGGUCCAGAACUUGACCUUUCUUGUUCAGCAAAUCAAGACAUACUACCUGGAAAAUCUGAGACAGUUAAUUCUGAUUCCUCUUCCAAAUGUGCAGCUGCUUUCUAAGACUCCUCAUACUGAGCAAAGUCUGGUGGAAAUGAAGAAACUGUUAUUGUUGCUUCUCGGAUGUGCAGUCCAGUGUGAGAAGAAAGACGAAUACAUUGAAGUAAUUCAGAAGCUUGACUUCAACACAAAAGCAGCCAUAGCUGUGCAUAUUCAAGAGCUGACCCAGAGUCAAAACAAUCUACUGGACGUACAUUGGUUGGAGUGCAGUGGCAUCCCCGCUGAUGAACUGGAGGUUGUAGCAAAGACGAUGGCCGUCAAUCUUCAGAACUUGCUGGACCAAAGGGAAACACAUCUGGAGACUAUAGCAGAGCUAACUCAGGAAAAGGAAGGUGUGGUUCGUGUGCUUUGUAGCACAUCCAGUCCACUGUCUGCCGUCCUUCCUCCCAGCAUGCAACAGCAGCAGGCGGGAGCUCAGCAACACUUGGUAGUGGAACUGGCUGACUCGAAGGCAAAGAUCAGACGACUUAGACAAGAGCUAGAAGAGAGGAAUGAACAAAUACUGGACAAUAGACACGAGCAGGAGAACAUGGAGGAAGAGCUCAAGAAGCUCCAGCAGGAGAAUUUGAAGUUGCUUGUAGACGCCCGUGCAGCCCGUGCCUACCGGGAUGAGCUGGAUGCUCUGAGAGAACGAGCAAUCAAAGCUGACAAGCUGGAGAGCGAGGUGGCACGCUACAGGGAGCAAAUGCACAAGAUGGAGUUUUACAAGGCCAAAGUGGAGGAGCUCAAAGAGGAUAACAGAGUACUUCAGGAAACCAAAGAGGUGCUUGAGGAUCAGUUGGCAGGCUGGAGGGCACGCUCAGAUCAAAUCCACCAGCUGGAAAAGCACAGCCUCUUGCUGAAGGCCCGGAUCCACGACAUGGAACAAGGAAGGGAUGCAGAUCGUAAAUGCAUUGAGGAGCUACAGGAUGAAAACCUGACUUUGUGUUUAGCUCAGAGGAGGACCAUGGAGGAGUCUCAGCACCUGGGAUGGGAGUUGGAACAACUAUCUAAAACUGCUGACAACUCUCAGGGGCGGCAGACUCUAAGCGAGGAGGUGAGUGAGCAGAUACGUAGUCGGCUAUUGAAGUUGGAGAAGGAGAACCAAAGUCUCGUAAAGACUGUCGAGGAGCUCAGAUCUGCCCAUAUUCAAAACAAUGCACAGCCCUACAAAAAAAGCCAACACAGUGAGAAGGAUCAUGUCCAACAAUUGGUUUGCUGCACUGACUGGAACUCAUUGACGAAUGAAAACAUGUCAUUUAUUCACUCUUCACAUGAAGAGAGCAAUAUUCCCAACCCAGGUCCAGUUAAACAGAAGAUUUUCAAUACAGAUCCAGAAAACGAAGAACUUGAGGACAGUUACACCGGCUUUCAGCUCUCACCAAAUAGAGUCCAUUAUUUUGAAGAAAAAGGACAGUUUGAGGAUAAAAAUAGCGGCAAACCCUUUAAAGAUGUUGUGUCAGACCUGGAACUGAACCUGGACAACAAUCUCGACGGUGUCCAUUAUUCUAUUGGAUCACAAAAUCCCUCUCCUGGAUCAAGAAACAGCAGCUCCAACCACGACAAUGUCUUCAUGGGCCUGCCAGCACGCUUCACUAAUUCUAACAAGCACACAGAGCGUCUGGAGGCCAAAUGCAGGGCUCUGGACUCCAGUAAUCAACAACUGCAAAGUUCCUUAACCCAUGCAGAGCGAAAAAUCCAUCGAUUGGAAGCUGAAGUUCAAGAACUAGAGGUAGACAACCAGAGCCUCCAGGCCACUGUUGAAGAACUUCGAAUUACUGCACGCCAGUUGGAACAAGUGGAAACAGAGAAGCAGAGUUUAGAACAUGAAACGGCUGAAUUGGAGAAAGCAAAAAGGCAACUGGAGAAAGAGAAUCGCCGACUUCGCCAGCAGGCUGAAAUUCAAGAAGCCAAUUUAGAUAGCAGUAAUGUCUGCAUGACAACCCUGGAAAGGGAGAUGCGCUGCCUGGUGAAGGAGGUGGAGGAGUUAAGGGAAACCGCUGAGAGGGUCAAAGGGCUAGAGAGAGACAACAGAGAAUUGGCCAAGCAAGCCGAUAUCAACAUGAGAACCUUAGACACACUGAGAGAGGAGCUUGUCAGUGAGAAAUUGAAGACCCGACAGAGAGAAGAUGAACUAGAAUGUUUGUCCCAUGAGAACGAGAUUAGAAUUCUCAGCCAAAAGAGUAAACAAUCUCUGGAACCUGACAAAACUGAACACAGAUUCAAUAUGCUAGAGUCAGAACUGGAGUUAUCCAUGAGGAAGUCUCUUCAAAUUAAAGAAGACAAGAUGGCUGUGCUAAAAACCCGUCUCCAAGAAUUUUCCACGCUUAAUCAACAGCUUCACCAUGAGCUCAGAACUGUAAAAGUGAACUAUGAGGCCUUGCACCAAAGGCAGCUGGAGGAGGAAGUGAGCGCAUCAAGUGCUUCCCCUCUGAGAGAAAAUGGAAAUGAAAUGAGUGAAUGGCUGCGUGAAAGCCACGAAGCUACCAAAGAGCUGCUGAAUAUUAAAGACCGACUGAUUGAAGUGGAGAGGAAUAAUGCAACCCUGGAGACAGAGCGCCAGGCUCUGCAGGCCCAUUUAAAGCAGAUGGAGAGUCAGUCAGACAGUCACCAAACUCAAAUCCUCGCCCUGCAAAGGCAAGCUGCUGCCCUUCAGGAGAACAACACCACCUUGCAGACACACAAUGCAGACCUGCAGGUGGAAAAAUCCACCCUGAACUCCCAGAGUGCUUCCUUAAUGGCACAGAAUGCUCAGUUGCAGCAGCAGCAGGUGGGAACAGAAAGCGAGAGGGACAGUGCAAUACGUGAACGGGAAGAACUGCGUGGUGCUCAUGAACAGCUAUUACGUGAUCAUGAGCGUCUGGCAGCUCUCCAUGAGCGGCAAGCCACAGAGUAUGAAGUCCUCAUUGGGAAACAAAGCUGUUUGAAAAAUGCCCAUCGGACACUUGAGCUAGAGCACCGGACGCUGCAGGAUAGGUACAACAACCUGUUGCAGCAACGGACCAAAUUAGAAGAUCUGGAGAAAGGCCUGAAGGAAGAGCAAAUGAGGAUGAGUCUGGAGAAGGAACAUCAUCAGGCCGCAGCUGCUGAAUGUUGUAGGCUCCGGGAUGAGAAAGAUUGGCUGAAUCAGACUUAUCGUCAACUUUUGAAUGAUAAUGAGGUGCUGUCAGCAGACCACAAGCAACUCAAGAGUCAACUAAAUGAAACCAAGCUGGCACAUGCCUGGCUGGAGGCUGAUUUUUCCAAGCUCAAAAAAGAGUAUCAGCAACUUGAUAUCACCUCCACAAAACUCACCAACCAGUGCGAGUUGUUGAGCCAACUAAAGGGGAACCUGGAGGAGGAGAAUCGCCAUCUUCUCAGUCAAAUUGACACACUGAUGCUGCAAAACCGAACUCUGCUGGAACAGACAAUGGAGAGCAAAGAUCUGUUUCACAUCGAAGAACGACAGUAUAUUGACAAACUUAAUGAUUUGAGAAGGCAGAAGGAGAAGCUAGAGGAGAAGAUAAUGGACCAGUAUAAGUUCUAUGAGCCCUCACCUCCUCGCAGGCGAGGAAACUGGAUCACUCUCAAACUAAAGAAAUUGAUCAAAUCUAAUAGUCGUGAACAUGGACUAGAACACCCUCUCACACCAACACACUCGGAGGCUCAACUCUCGUGCAAUGACAGCAGCUCCUUUGUUGGUUCAGAUGGCUCUGGCGGUUCUACCGCUGCAUCAGCAGGUGAUACCAUAUCACCGCAGUCAAACACCACACAAAGACUGUUUACCCGUAUGAGGAACAGGCCAAAGAACAAGGACAGAAGGAAGUCUCUCAUCCAACGUUCCUUAUCCCUGAGCAGCAUGGUGCAUCCCCCUGGCCUGUUGGAGCAGGAACAGUGGGCAUACAGCUCUGAGGAGUUGGAAGGGUCAGAAGCUAAUUUACUGGACAGGAAUAAAAUAUUGACCUCAUUCCUCAGCACAUCCAUCUUAUCCGCGCUUCAUUUGCAUCCCACCACUGAACCAUCCAUCCAUCUCCACCCUACAGCCACUGACACUGAUGUCCCAUAUGUGUCAGACCUGACAGACAAGGAUUCAAAUGAUAGUGCGUCGCCAUCUGGUUUUGAGGACAGCGACGAGCUGCAGCAUCACGAGAUUAACACCACCCAGAGUCGAGCUCAAAGUGAGAGCAGUGGUGAGUUCAGCAUGAGCCUGGAUAAUGAACCCUGGUCAAAUGGCAGCAGCCCGGUCCAGCAGCAACUCUCCCGCCAUUCCUCAGUCUCGUACCAGCCGCCUAUUGACCUCUCCACACCGCAGCACACACAGCAAAUCUCCUCCACAGCACACAAGGAGAAAGCUUCGAGCAUUCCUUUGACAAAUAGCAAAGAAUCAGAGCUCAGUCUUAUAUCUCAACAGAAAGAGCCUACACCAAAACAGGACGUCUGGCCAAAACGUGGGAUAAAGAGCAUUAGAAGGGGAUCUAAAGGAAAACUGACACGUCGUUCGUCAGAUUCAGGGGGCAUGUUGAGCACAAAUUUAAGAUAUAACUCCAGUUAUACGGAAUGUACCCAGACUCCAGCUUGUUCACCAAUUACAGUGUUUUAUGUUCAGGGUAAGUCGUCGUCAAUGUCUGGGUGCCUCAAUUGCUUCUCCAAUCCUCUAGGGAAAGAAGGGCGACUCAAAGGCUGUGGGUCACCUAAAAGUCUUCCUCGUGCUAGCAGUGUAAUUUCCACAGCUGAUGGCUCAUCUAGACGCCCCAGCGUCAACGAAUGCAGGGUGGUUGUCAAGACUGAGACACUUCCUGCCCCCAUUUCAGAAAAGUGUAAUAACCAAGUGAAACAAGAAAACGCAGCCAUGUCCAAUCAACAACCACGACCAAUCAGUGAAACUACUGGGCCUGAACCCAGUCCUCCAGUCAAACCUCCAAGAGACCCAACAGCCAUUAUAACCAAAGACAUUCAUAAACCACCUGUGCAGGAGUCGGCAGAUUUAAACUCCCCAUUUAGUCUCACUGCUGUCUUUUCAAACACAAUCUUCGGUGAUUCUGAGGGGAGCUCUUUAGGUGCUAUUGAAAGGAAUGACCACCCAGAUUUUUUUCUAUCUAUGAGUCCAAUGGGAAAACAAAACUGCAAUCCAUCGAGCCAUAAGUCUACUCAAAACACAUAA